GACUGCUGAGUGCUGUCACAAGUCACAACUUACAAUAUGUGUUUAUUUUAAUCUAAAUAUUAUAACGAUUUUAAUUAAUCAACAGACUAUAUAAACAUUAAUUCGAGUUCAAAUUGGUUUACAAUAUACAUUAUAGUUAUACAUCAAAUGUAACCAAUUGACUACCGCACUACGUUGUUCACAAGUUUACGUCAAUUACUGCUGUGCAGAAGAAAGUUAAGCAAUUUUAUGGGAACCUCUGUAAAAAGUCACACGGAAAAUAUGAUGGCUGGUUCGGCUCUUCGACGGCUAAUGGCCGAAUACAAGCAACUCACGCUGAACCCUCCUGAAGGCAUCAUUGCUGGUCCUGUAAAUGAAGAAAAUUUCUUUGAAUGGGAAGCUUUAAUUACUGGCCCAGAGGGUACAUGCUUUGAAGGUGGUAUUUUUCCAGCUAAACUUCAGUUCCCACCAGAUUACCCUCUUAGCCCCCCUAAAAUGCAGUUCAUAUGUGAAAUGUUUCAUCCUAAUAUAUAUGCCGAUGGUAGAGUCUGUAUAUCAAUCCUCCAUGCUCCUGGCGAUGAUCCUAUGGGAUAUGAAACAAGUGCAGAGAGAUGGUCUCCCGUUCAAAGUGUCGAAAAAAUACUGCUCUCUGUUGUCAGUAUGUUAGCAGAACCUAAUGAUGAAAGUGGUGCAAAUGUAGAUGCGGCUAAAAUGUGGAGAGAGGAUCGAGAACAAUUCAACACGAUAGCUGAAAGGCUAGUACGUAAAACGCUAGACCUUUCUCCUCUGUAACAUGGAGAUUAGGGCAAAAUAUAAGUUUUUACUAGAUUUUUAUUAGCUGUUAAACUUAAUAAUUUUAAAAGAUGUUACAUGAGCAAUACUUAUAUUUGUAUAGUGCACUUGGCAUUACCUAGUUAAAUAGAUUUAUAUUUUCACUUUCACUUAGUAAAACAUUCCACAUUCUAUAGCUAAAUGGCAGGCCUUCAUACUAGUACCCUUUAAGAGGUGAAUUGUCCAAUUUCUUAUUUAUUUGAUGUUAUAUUAGAAAA